GCAUUCGAACGGUUCAAUGUUUGGAUUUCUAUUGGGUUUUAUCAUCCUAAUGUACUAUAAUUCGUCAUAUGUUUUACUGGAGACAUUCAAAAUAGCUACUUUUCUAUAGAAUGUGUACUUUGGAGAAAAGUGAUCUACCAGUAACAUCUGCGCACUCCAUAGCUAUCAUAAAUUCGGCUUCAUUAAUGGAUCGACAAAUUAAGUUACAUUCUGUCAAGGAUGAUCCAUCUAGUCACCACUGUUUCAUAAAUUCUAAAAACAGAAAGUCAUAUAAAAACAGACCUUCAAGUUCUAUGUACAGAUUGAAAAUCCUCAAACGUUGUGGUCGGCACUUGAAACGGUUAAUUGGACAUAAAAUGGAUGUUGACGAAACUGUUUUUGAAAAUAAUGAUGAGAAUGAAGAUGAUAAUUGUUCGUUUUCAACAAAUUCUUGUCCAACUAUCACUAGACUAAGUAGUUCCUCUUCAACAUACCUACAUCAAUGUAGAGAAAACUGUAUUCGUAUGAAAAUUUUAAAAGAUGUACAAAAUCAGCAAAAUAAAUUAUCUCAAGAAGUCAGCCAAUUAAAACAACAAUUUUUAGAAAUUCAAACUGUUUUAGUAUCUAUUCAAAAUAUUCUGAUUAAUCGAAUCCAUCUUCAGUCUUCAUGUACAACAACAACGUCUUCUACGUACCCACAUCCUCUAAAUUCAUCCAUUUAUCUAUAUAAUAACAAAAAUAAUAUGCCUAUAUUUUCACCAACUACUCCACUGAUAAAUACUGAGCUGCCUACCAUUGACAUUGGUUCAGCUAGUUUCUCAUUGAACAAUGUACAUAACACUAAAAUUACUCAUAAUCCAUUACGUACACCGGAUAAUUUUAAUUAUGUGACUAACAACAGUUCACCAUUAUAUUGUACAUCAACAACGGUGACAACACUUACAUCAAGUGUAAUCCACAAUCCUUCAACUCUGUCUACUUCUUUUAUGCCUUUAAAAAUUUCCACAAACCCACCGUCAUCAGAAAACGUACCGAUUUCACCUUUAAGUAUUUCAUCUUCACCGUCAGUUUUAUCUGUGCUUUAUGGUUCAAUCCCUUCAUGUAUUCCAUUGUGUGUGACUUCAAAGAUUCCAUCGGACAAUACUAUCAAUUCGAUCGUAGGUCGUCCACAAACCAAUCAAACUGUGACUGAUUCAAUGUCAAUAAGUCAAAUGCAUUAUAUCCCUUUGAAUGAACAAAACAAUUUACUACCAACCUUUACUGCUACUACUACUUCUACCAUUACAACACAAACUGGCGCGACUGAAUCUUAUCCUCCUAUUUCAUCGAUAAACUCAUUAGGCCCUGACUAUCCGCGAACCACAACAUGUCUAUCAACAACUUUGGCCAAUACUACCUCAACAGAUUUGCCUACAUCCUCAACCUCUGCCGUCGUAUUGUCCCAUAAUGAUGAGUGCAUUUCACUGAGUCAUUCAGGAGCAGUUGUCAACUGUAUAGAUGAAAACAUCGAUCCAUUAGACAGUCCUACAUCUAUUGAUUCGUCACAACAGUUUAUGAAAGAUCAAAUUGAACCAUUGAACACUUUUGAAAUAGCCGCCACAGUUAGAGAUCUUCUUACGAAGCAUAAUAUUUCGCAACGCCAAUUCUCUAGACAUAUACUUAAAUUAAGUCAAGGUACAAUGAGUGAAUUGUUGUCUAAACCGAGACCAUGGUACAGAUUAACUGCACGUGGUAGAGAUUCUUAUAGACGAUUGCAAGCAUGGAUAUCGGAUCCGAAUAAUGUGAAUAGUUUAAAAAAUACUCAACGCAGACGAAACGAGACUAAUCAAUCUGCAUGCGAAAUUACUAGUUUAAAUAACCAACAAUCUCUGUUAUCUCCUAACUCAAAUCCUGUAUCAGCACCUUGUCAAAAGGAUUUUUCCCUAACAAAAUCUACAUCAACCUCUCCAUUUGUCUAUCGUAAUGAUAUUGAACCGCUAAGUGUUUUAACUAGUAGACCUGAAAAGACAGAACCUAUAUAUGAUCUGGAAACUCAAAAGUCUAACGAUUCUCAUCACUAUCAUUAUCAUCAUCAACAACAACAACAACCUGGUAAAGAAACAAAUUCCAGCCAUCGCUCUUCAAUGAAAUCUUCCGAAUCAGUUCAUCCAGAUGAAAAUAUUGUAUCUAAAGAAGAACAAGAAACUGAAAGACGCAUUAAUCAAAUUUUAUUAGCUGCUAAAGCGGCAAUGGAUUAUGAGAAACAAAUUAAAGCCAACGGGUUAACUGAAAAAAUUAAUAGUGAUUCAUUUGAUAAUACAUUAACAAUGAAACAGCAACAAUCUCCAUUCUCCGAUUGUCAAACCGGGAUUUAUAAUAGUAACUGUCUGUCGGUAUCCGCUAUUAGCACUCUCGAUGCUGAUUCCCAAACUACUAAUAAUAUUACUACCACUGUUACCACUUCUGGAAGUAUUAUCAACUCUUUCGAAUCGACUGUUGUCACUUCAUUGAUGGAUGAAAGCAAUGGUAUUGCUGUAUAUCAUCAUUCUUCAUCUCAGCUAUCACCAUAUCCUAACAAUUUAUUAAGGCAUGGAAUAAAUGUUAGCUCAAAUUCUUCUACAGUGUCAAAUCACAAUAAUUCUUUUGAUAAUAUCAACAAUUUAUCAUGUACUCCUACUGUAUGCUAUAGUAGCGUUCAAACUUGUCCAUCUGUAAAUGAAAUUACAAUCUGUUCACAAUUGCCAUCUAGUCAAUUGGUAGCUUCAUCAUUACCAGUGUGCUCGAAUAAUACUGUAGUUCAUGUUACUCAUCAAUCUGUGCCAAUUAUGUCAAAUGGAAUUACAGUUUCAGAUCUUUUAAAACUAUUUACUACUCAGUUGACAAAUAAUUCAGUUAAUUCAAAUAAACCAGUCAUAUUCGACUCAACACUUGAUAAUAAUAAUUCUUCAUAUUCUUCAAAAGUACAAUCCACCAUCACAUUACCUUGUGCCUUAAAUGCUUCAAAAAAUGCAACCAAUAAUAAACAAAAUAUUCUGUUCAAUGGUAAUCUUCCCUUAUUGGCUAACUCAUCAUCAAUCUCUUCACCUUAUUCCGUCAAUAAUACUGUUAUUAAACAAGAUGAUUGUGCACCGAUAUAUACACCACUUGAAACAAUAAUAACUACUACAACACCAGCCAUGACUAAUGAAUUUCCAAUGCCUAUAUUAUCUCCAUCAAUAAUUAAAUUAAAUAAUCAUCUACCGAUCCCACCUUUAGGCAUUCCACCUGUAUCAACACCAUUGUUCUCACAGACAUCUUCUAAUCCUACUUCUCUAUCAUCAUCACCCAUGUCCUUACAACAAACCUUAAUGCUUUUGGCGUCAGCAGCAACUGCUAGUGUUCCGUUGAAAACUUCAUCGACAUUAGUGAAUUCAGAGCAUAUUAAUGUGAAUCAAUGGAAUCAUGCAGAUUCGAGCACUGCAACUAUAACUGCUCCGGCUACUAUUAAUACUAAUACUACGACCACUACUGUGCCAUUGUUAACUAAUAGUGAUACAGUUCAUCAUCAUAAUCCCUAUGAAACAACUGAUGAUAAUUUGCCUGAUUCAAGUUAUAUCAAUAGCACAAUGUUUUCAUUUCAAAGAGUAGUACUGCCUCCUUUGAAACAAGAAGAUAUUGAUAAAUAUAGUGAAUUAUGUACAGAAGAGAUAGCUCAUCGUACUCGUUCAAUUCUUUCUCAGUAUUCUAUUAGUCAAAGACUUUUUGGUGCAUAUAUACUCGGUUUGUCUCAAGGAAGUGUUUCUGAUCUAUUGGCCAGACCGAAACCGUGGAAAUUGCUUACACAAAAAGGUCGUGAACCAUUUAUAAGAAUGCAGCUAUUUUUGAAUAAUCCCGACUAUAUAAUAAAAUUGUUACAAUCAUGUAAGUUUUUAGAUGUGUAUGUAGCUCUUUUCCACCUUUUUCUCUUAUCCUAUACUGUUAUGAUAUUUGAAUAUCUACAUUUAGAAAACUACUAUUAUUACUAUAAAACCAGGCCAGAUAGUCUUUUGAACAUUUUGCAAGUAAAUGGCAUUAUGAACUGAUAACGCAGUCACUUGGUGAAUCAUUGAAAAUUGUCAUUUCACAUUACUUCUUAGAAAAAACGGAUUACUAAAAUCUACACAAAAACACUUCAUCUGAUAAAACAGGUAAGGAAAUUCAGUUUUCUUACCGCCUUAAGCAACAAUGCAAACACAUUUGAGAUGUAAUUUUCUCAUUCCAAAUGCUAGAUGUUGCUCCAGGACCCGCCUGCAUCAGCAUGCGAAUUAAUGGUGCAGAGUACUGUAGUUGGGUGUAUCGGCCGCUUCACUCCUCUUGAGUGUCUCAUCAGUGAUGACGGAGAUAGGGGAUCUGAGGUGGUUAUGACAUGUAUUACGUAUCUCCAACCACCGCUUACCUGGACACGCAAUGAUUCAUGGUAUAGGAGUAGGUCGAAAGAACUCUAAAGGCGGCCAAAUAAAGAUAUGACAUCAGUCCAUGAAGUCAUUGGAAAUAGGACUGAACCAUGCUAACAUGUGCAGACUACCUGGUCGCGUUGUUAGUGAUUAUCUCAACUGAUGGUUAAAAACUAUGAAUGACAUGGCUCACAAUGGUUCUCAAUCACACAAGUGGGUUCACUCUUUGUCUUCCUUCAGUUUCUGGAUUUCUAAAUUUCUCGAAAACUUUUUUCGCUUUAACUAAUUUAUAUUUUCUUCUCCAAUUGCAUCUUAGAUGCCUAAAGUUUCCUAUUACCAAUAACACUGUUACUCUUACUACCUCUCUGGGAUUCGCCCUGGUAAUUUCAUCUCGUUGUGCUAAUAGAGUUUGGCAAACUUAGUCGAUAUUCACAUGUGUUUGAGAUUUCUGUCUACAACAUAGUAUCAAUACAAUCAAAACCAGUUGAAACGAAAGUUUUAGAAUGACAUACAUCCUAGAAUAAUCUUCAUUGCCAUCAAACAUGUUACAAUAAUUAGAAUGAAUGUUAAUUAUCACUCAGCCUAGAACUUCUAAUCAAAUGUUUGAUAUUCGUUACUAUCUGACGACUAAUCUAUCCACAUGAUUUAAUCUUACAGGUAUUUUGUUUAGUUCAUAUCAUCCCUGAGUAGCUACUCACGCCUGAAAUCAGAUAGUGUGGUAUGAACCAACUGAGCUCUGGAAACAUCCUUUGUUGAUAGACGUUACCAGGUUUUGAGCUCAUACUCAUGACUCCUAGAUGACUGACUCAUUGAACAUUCACUAGAAACUUGUUUUAUAAUGUGUAUAAAUGAAUUUUGAAAUCCAACAGCAUAUUCACCACUUAUCAUUCGAAACCAGUAUUACUGUUGGUGAUAAUUUAAAAAUUAUUGUCAUUCUUAGUCGUAAUACGAUCUUCGCUUUUUUUUACAGAUUUUUCAUUGUUUGUUUUCUGUAAUAGACUGUCUUCAAUUACCCCAUUAGACUCUUCUUUGACGCCGUGUGAAUAAAGGGAUGAGAUACUACACAUUAUCGUAAUUAAACAAUUUUACUGUGUUUCAGUACUUCGUGAAAUCCCUCAGAAAAUAGGGCUAAUAUACUAUUAGACAGAAAACAACAAAGUAGACUGUAGCAUAGCUGUAUUCCGGUUAAAGCUACCCCACCUUGACACUAAGACCUAUCCAAAUCAAUAACAAGAGAAACAUAGGCGCGAAAAUAAUAGUGCUGACAGUAGUGUGGAAUGUUCAAAUGAUUACGAUAGUUGGAUUAGAAUAGAACAAAACACAAAUACGGUAUUAAAUAUUUGUAUGCUAAAUAAAGUGAAUGUGUAUCACAGCUACUGCAACCAAUUGUAAACCGUGUGUAGUGCCCAUCCACUCGAUUGCUGUUAUAUCUCUUGAAUGCCACGAAUAAAGUAUGAGGACUAGCUUCAGCAAACUUGAAAAUGACGUUUUUUAGACAUUCAGAAAGCACGUUAUGCAAAUGAUUGUUUUUUUAAUAGGAAAGAUAGUUUUUAACAUUAGUUAUGGGGUUUUUCAAGGCUACUUAGAAGUUCUUGAGACUUUAAAUCACAUAAACGGGGUUAUAAAAAUUCAUCAGUAUGGCUAAAAAGCAUUCUUCCAAGUGAACCUUUAGAUUGGAGAAGAUAGUUUUUCAGUCUCAACGUUAACAAAGUGUCGUUUGUAAACAACAUAAGGAUUGUGGUUAAACUUUUAGAUGUACUUGUUAGCACUUCAUUCAUCUAUUCAGAUCCCUAAUCAUGGUUCAACAUAUUUCUUAAUUACAGAUAAUAUAGCAGACACCAUUUGGUAUGAUACAGUUCGAAAGUGUCAUCUAUCGUGAUAUCCAUCCCAAAUACAGAAAGUCUAUCGCAGUUAGAAUAUAAAGGCUACUGAUGUUAGUAAGGUUAAUAUCCAUGUGAUGGGAUCAAUGUUGCAUAGAUGCAUGUUGAUACAUUUUUAUGAGCAUAACAGCAUCGAUAAUCGAAAACUAUAGGUUUACUCAGAAUUUCGAAAAAAUUUAAGUGGUUUACUCAACAAACCGAAUCAUUCUUUAUUUCCAAACAAUAUUCUGUAUAUCUUUCUGUUCUUACAGGGGGGAAGGUAGUAUAAAAUAUUUAUAGUCUGGAUCUGUUCGUAACACGGAUCAGAUUCCGUUCCCUGCAAUACACUAAUAUAUAUUCAGUCUGUGAAAUUGGUAUUAUUUUUAACGAAUAGGUCAGUAAAUGAUAGUAAAAUACUAUUUCAUUGGAUAAUAUUCAUACCCAGUCUGUUAGCUAUCAUACUACUACCACUACUACUGACAAUAGUAAUAAUAAUGGUGAUAUUAGUAGCUUCUGCGUAUUGAUUAUCGUUAGUAGUAGUAUUAGUACUGAUAUUAAUGUGAUUGUCUUUGAUAUUGAUUCUAGUUCAUUUUACUGACAAUUGUUAAAUGUGAUCAGGGGUAAAAAAUAAAUAUACCGUACAAUGUUAAUUGAUUCUGUUUAUUGGCUCAUGUGUGUGUGAUAUCAGUUGUAUUUUGGUCGUUAAUUUAUGUAUUAGAAAUGAUUUCAGAAUGUCUUUUUUCCAUCGUGAUUUUGUUUGUAGUUUAAUCACAAAACUAUAUCAGAUUGUUUAUUUCAUAUUGGAAGCACUAUUAUUAUUAUUUGCAUCCUCACAUGUUAAACAUUAUACAUAGCUUGGUGCUUGGAAUGGUGAUUCAGUGAUUAAGGCAUUCGACGUUCAGCCUCUGGGUCGCUUGUCUAAAUCCCACUUCUCUAACUUGGUAUGCGGGGAUGGACCUUAUAUUCUAAAAUGUUCCUCGAAGCUAAUUACAUGAAUCUGUCAACCGGGUAAUUGAGUUAAAUAAAUAUACUGAAAAACUCAGUGCUUACAAUAUCGUCGUAUAUAGGUUUAAUAGAUUCUUAGAAUCUUUCUUCAAGAAGUGUCCACCAAACCGUAGGUAAUAAUUAAAUUAUUUUAAUAGAAAUACACACUAGAUGUUCAUCCUACAUUAAGAACUCAAAAACAAGACGGUAUAACUAACUAAGAUUCUAAAUUAAUUUAUUGCAAUAAAGUGCAAUUAUGUAAGCACUACUUUUAUCAAUGUUAGCGCUUUUAUUAAAGUAUUAUAGUGAACGAAAACACAAGCGGAAUCAACCAAAUGCAUUUAGAUACAAAAUUACAGUAUCUUUUAGUAUAAUCUGAGAACUACAUAGUAAAUAUUUCAUUUGCAAAAUAUCCAUCAAUUGUCUCAGACUUUUUUGUUCCUUCAUUUCCAUACCAAUCACCCUCUGUUCUCGUUUCCCUCUCAUCGAUUUUAUUAAUCUUCUGCCGCCAAACAUUCUACUUUUGACUGAUGAUGUAUGCUACUUAUAUCUAUCGUCAUCAAUAACACACACCACAUAACUAGAAAAAAUAACAGAAUUAAACCGCUCCUCUGUUUCCCAUAUUAGUUAUGUUAUGAUUAGCUUUGUGGACUUGAAGUUAAUCGUGUGAAUUAAUGUAAAAUAUGACUUAGUAACAAUUAUUCAUGGAAACUUGAUAUUAGUUUAUAUAAUCUCCUAAUCCCAAACAACAAUAAACGUGACUGGCAACCAAUAUCCUUUUUUUCAUAUCAAGUUAUGCGGUCAUGUAGCAAAAAAGGGAAUAAACAUAUUUAAAUAUCAUCGAAACUAUAAUCGACUGUAGAAUAAAAGUUGUGUAAUUUUCUCAUCCAUCUGUAGGAAUUAAUUCUUGCUUUUUACAUCAAUCAUUUACCACCUGAAUUAUCCAAAUAAUGUUCAAACUCUAUUCAAUAAAUAAAAAGAUCCCAUUUAUUUGAUUCGACAGUAAAGAGUGUAAUGAACAUGAAGUGACAAACCUGACUUCUUCUAUGCUCUUCACUAUUCAGCAACGUUGAUGUAUCACUCUACUCUUC